AGCUGACAACUUUAGGUUGCAGAUAGAGUGUCCAGCAUUUGAUACACGGGAUUGGAAAUAAUCACACACACACACACACACACACAAAAAACGACCAUUCCAGGCCAAAAAAACCGGUAAAUCCGUUGUCGGAUUUCCAUCGUUUGUACAAUGAGUGCUGGUACCCCAAAAUCUCUAGCGUCGUCGGGACAAAAACCCAUUCAGGAGAUCUGUCAUCCGCUUGGAGCCGAGGAGACAGCGCCAGUCCUCACACCCAGUCCAGAUGUCGGAAACACCACUACCAGCAUCAGAGGGAAGGAUCUGAGUCUGCCCAAUGGGACGCCUGUGGAGACAUCUAGUCCCGCCUCCUCAUCUUCCCUCCUGAACCGGCUGCAGCUGGAUGACGACCUGGAGGGAGAAACACGUGACCUCUUUGUUACCGUCGACGAUCCGAAGAAACACGUCUCCACUAUGGAGACUUACAUCACCUACAAGGUCACCACUAAGACAACGCGGGUGGAGUUUGACCUACCAGAGUACUCUGUCAGGAGGCGCUACCAGGACUUUGACUGGCUCAGGACCAAGCUGGAGGACACUCAGCCCACACACCUCAUACCACCCCUCCCAGAGAAGUUUGUGAUGAAGGGGGUGGUUGACCGGUUCUCUGAGGAGUUUGUUGAGACGAGAAGGAAGGCUCUGGAUAAGUUCCUGAAGAGAGUGGCUGACCAUCCUGUCCUGUCGUUCAACGAACACUUCAAUGCCUUCCUCUCUGCUAAGGACCUGAAUAAGAAACAAGGCCUAGCCCUGCUCUCUAAGAUGGGGGAGUCGGUGAAGUACGUGACGGGAGGGUACAAGCUGAGGAGCCGACCCAUGGAGUUUGCUGCUAUGGGAGACUACCUGGAUAUGUUCACACAGAAGCUGGGUACUAUCGACAGGAUAGCACAGAGAAUCAUCAAAGAACAGUCUGAGUACCAAGUAGAGCUGCGUGUGUACGGUCCUGUCUAUACUACCUGGGCGUUGUCGGAGGCGGAGCUACAGGAGCCUCUGGAGGGCGUGGCCAGCUGCGUCGCUAGCUGUUCCAACGCUCUGGACGAACUCACCCAGGAUAUGAGCGAAGACUUCCUGCCUGUGCUCCGAGAAUACGUCCUCUACAUUGAUUCCAUGAAGAUUGUUCUGAAGAAGCGAGAUAACAUCCAAGCUGAAUACGAAUCUAAACUGGAAGCUGCUGCUUUCCGGAAAGAGGAAAGAGCAUCAGCCACACAGGUGCCUACAGACGUGGAGAAGUGCCAUGACAGAGUGGAGUGUUGCAAUGCUGACCUGAAGUCAGACUGGGACCGCUGGCAAAACAACAAGAGACAAGACUUCAGACAGCUACUCACUGGCAUGGCCGACCACAACAUCCAGUACUAUGAGAAGUGCCUUGCAGCGUGGGAGUCUGUCAUUCCACUAUUACGGGACAAGCAGCCACAGGAGACAGAAACAGAUGAAGACUGAGAGACUACCGCCUUUCCUCUGGACAUUACAUCUCAAACACUUCUCUACCUGAGUUACCAGUGUCAACAGACACUCUCAAAGGGAAAUUGCCAAGGAAAUGAGCCUUUUUGGGUCUACGGACAGAAAUCGUUUUUUUUUUUUGUUUUGGUGUUUUCUAUUUGUGAAACCCAGUCGGUCCGACGUCCCAUCUUUCCUGCUGGAAUCCACAGAGGAGCAGAGUGGAUGAAUGAUAUCAUGUCUGUCUGGAAAGCCCAUUUUGUUCCUUGUCGCACACCGAACUAGCCUUGGCUGUAUUCACUAGAAACCAAACGUGGAAAAACCAGAAAGAUACCAGGAGGGACUACUAGAACGUGGCCAAUGUGCCGAAUGUGACUGUGACAUCACAGACGGGCUGGCCGAAGGAAAAGAGAAACUUAUAUCUACUUUUUUUUUUUCCCCCCCCUGUUGUAAUUUUCUAGUCUGUUGAGAAAUGUUUGUUGCCAAUGAUCCUUUUUAUAAACAAUGCUGAUCUUUUGAUUGUCUCUGAUUGUCUCUGAUGGUCUUCGAUGGUCUUCGAUGUAGCCUAAAGCCUCUGAUAGUCUCUGAUAGUCUCUGAUGGUCUUCGAUGUAGCCUAAAGCCUCUGAUAGUCUCUGAUGGUCUUCGAUGGUCUUCGAUGUAGCCUAAAGCCUCUGAUAGUCUCUGAUGGUCUUCGAUGUAGCCUAAAGCCUCUGAUGAAUGAAGCAGCAGUAUCAUUGUGUUUCUGUCUGUUUACAGAAUGCUGAAGAGCACUAACUGAUCCAGCUAGCCUCCUGACCAAACAUUUAGAGGAACCUACCUUACUGUUAAACAUACCGUCUGACCUCUCCUGGUUGAUGUUCUUACACACCAGGGUGUGUUCACUGGUAUUCAAACCAGAGCAAGCAGGCUGAAAUGGGGGAGAGAAUAACCAUAACUUAUCCAAUAACAAACGCUUUGCUUUCAUUGCAAAAUGUUUUCUGUGCACUAAUGAAUACACACCUAUUCUCUCGUUACAAAGAAACAUGAACCGCGAGAGCACACAAGAUUUGGUUCUGGGUUGUCAAGAUUACACACACACCAGGCACUUCCUCCUGUUCCCAGACACUUCCUCCUUUGCCCAGGCACUUCCUCCUGUUCCCAGACACUUCCUCCUGUUCCCAGACACUUC